AUGAGAAUUUUUCUGCCAAAAGCACGAGCUAAUUAUUUGUCCUGUAUCAGUGUGCAACAUGCCAUCCGAUGCUAUUCCUCCUUGACCCCGAAGGUAACCAAGUUGCAUAUUACACUGGGUAAUAAACCAGAUCUCUCACAUGACCACGACACAAAAGUAGGGGAAUCAAAUAAAGCCGUUCAGCUAGACGAAGGGAUUUCCGUGAACGAAAAGGAAAAUGAUCAGUUACCGCCAUCUCUACGCGUGGUGAAGGGUUUGAUGGAAAAAUACAAAGAUAAUGUGUUACUCACACAGAUGGGGUCGUUUUAUGAACUGUACUUUGAACAAGCCACGAAAUACGCUCCAAAGUUAAACAUUACGUUAACGAAUAAAAACUACGUGUUUGGCAAGAUCCCGUUUGCAGGAUUUCCAGUCUCGCAGCUGAAUAGACAUUUAAGAGUACUGGUUAAUCAGUACGGCUACAGCGUGACUGUAGUUGAUCAAUUCAAAAAGGACAGCGAUAUAGAAAACGAUUCCAAUAAAUUCCAGAGGCGUGUAACCAGAAUAGUGACUCCUGGAACUUUCAUUGAUGAAGCAUUUGAAAACUUCAAGGAAAACACGUAUUUGCUGAGUGUUGAUUUUCCAGAGCGUUGUAUGGACGUGACGGCAGACAAUGAUAUGAAGGUGGGGCUCUCUUGGUGCGAUGUAUCAACAGGGGAGAUAUUUGUACAACAGGUUCUGCUAAGAGAAUUGGUAUCUACAAUAACAAGGAUACACCCCAAGGAGAUUGUACUGAAAGAAAACCUACUCCCGUAUUCGAUUGAAUUGGGGAAGUGGUAUUCAGAAUUAGCGGAGCUGAAGAAAUAUGUUAUCAAAUAUCAGACAAUGCCAUCACGCCAUAGGACGGUGGAUUCCUUCAGGCAUUUGUUUGAUAUUAACAACGUCGAUAUAACCGACACACAAUUCACUUUCCAGUUGCAAUCUUUUGAGCAGAAAGAGAUAGCUGCCCUUCGAAAUUUGUUAAGUUACAUCAGCGAUCACUUACCUAAUUUUACUACCAACUUUCAGUUGCCACAAAGGCAGUUGACGUCACACAUCAUGCAGAUAGACUCCAGAACUACAAGAGCACUCGAACUGAAUUCUACCGUGUUAAACAAUAGUAAAAAAGGGUCACUUAUAUCCACUGUCCGGAGAACGGUAACUCCAGUGGGUACCAGGUUGCUGACACAAUGGAUUUCAGGUCCUUCGAUGGAUCUACAAGAGAUCAAAAGACGUCAAAGGUUUGUUCAAUACUUCAAGAAUAAUGGCAGCAUUUCAACGUAUCUUAUAUCGCGUUUUAAGAAAAUAGCUGAUCUCUCCAGGAUCUUGCAAAAAUUCAGCUUUGGCAGGGGCAGUGCUCUCGACUUGAUACAGAUUGCAAACUCCCUGAGUACUGCGAAUGAGAUUUCAGAGUAUUUGAACCAACUAAUUGAAAGGUGUCCCAAACGGCUGCAGCCGCAAAUGCUAUCUCUAAUCACCAACUUAAAAUUUGAUACGGAACUAGUGGAUAACGUUCUAAAGUCUUUGAAUGAAGAUGAGAUCAUUAGAACUGAGAAGGCUGUUAUAGAGGCAAAUCCUGAGGUGGAAAACGUUACUUUAGAGCUUGAAGAAGGAAGAUCAGAAAUGGAGAAGGAUGGCUUGUUGAAUAUGGUGGUAGAUCAUCAGUAUCAUUCUAAAUUGGCGAAUCUUGUUGAUCGAUACAAACGUCUUCUUGUCGAGAAAGAACGACUUGAAAAGAACUAUGCAGGUGUUUUUAUUGAUUCACUUGGGGCUAGAAAGCUUACUUUAAAACAGCGACAAAACGGUGACUAUGCGUUGCAUAUUCAGGCAUCAACUGAAUCACUCAAAACUAUUGCGAACAAUGUACUUCAGGACAAGACAUUCAAAUACAAGGAUGAUCUCUUCCAUGUACUUUCAAAAUCAUCGCAGACAUUAUGGGUCGGUCACAAACUCUGGUCAGAUUUAGGCUACUCUAUGGAAAAUGCAUUGUUAAAGAUUAAAAAAGAAGAGAAUAACAUCUUAGACACCUUCAAGAAAGCUUUCAUUGCGAAAAGCAACAAGAUUCGCCAGAUCAACAACAAUUUAGGUUACCUUGAUACAGUGGUGUCUUUUUCAGUUUUGGCCAAUGAGAAGAAUCUUGUGUGUCCAAAGAUCGAUAAAAGCACGACACUCGAGGUUGUCGAAGGGAGGCACAUAAUUGUGGAGGAUGGACUGGCCUCAAGGUCUUUGGCAAACUUUGUUGAAAAUGAUUGCAUGAUAGAUAGCGGGAACCUUUGGGUGGUCACUGGUCCCAAUAUGGGUGGGAAGUCCACGUUCUUGCGUCAGAAUGCCAUCAUUGUGAUUCUAGCUCAGAUUGGCUGUUUCGUCCCUGCGAAGAGUGCCCACAUUGGACUAGUAGAUAAAAUAUUCAGCCGACUAGGGUCAGCAGAUGAUCUCUACAACGAGAUGAGCACGUUCAUGGUCGAAAUGAUAGAGACCUCGUUUAUUUUACGUGGUGCUACGGAUCGGUCAUUGGCUAUUCUUGACGAAAUCGGGAGAGGUACUAGUGGGAAAGAGGGUGUAAGCAUUGCCUACGCAACUUUGACGUACUUGAUUGAAAGGAACAAAUGCAGGUCUCUUUUUGCGACACAUUUUGGUGAGGACCUCCAAAAGACCCUGCAAGCGUCCGGAAGUGAAUCUACUAAGGAAAGAAUCAAAUUCCAUCAAAGUAGUAUUUUAAAAAUCAAUGAUGGUCAAUUUUGCUACGAUUAUAAGCUUAAACCUGGAAUAUGUACCCGGUCAGAUGCGCUUAACGUGGCCAGGCUCGCUGGAUUCCCUGAAGAAGCGCUAAACAUAGCAAAAGAAUUAACCUUUGAUGCGAUAUAA